GUAGAAAAUAGCAGCCCGGGAGCUUUCCCAAGAUGGCCGCGGAGUGGGCUGACUCGCCUUUGAGAAGUGAGAGGAAGAACAGUGAUGAUUGACAGAAUAAUGGGCGGAGUCAGCCGCAUGUUCGUACACUGCACGUUUUCUUGCCAUCGGACUGUACUAGUGGUGACGAGGAGGAGCAUGAAGAAAUGAGGGGCUGAUGCAUCUGCAACGAGGAUCAUCCCGGGCUAAAACUGCAGUUCAGUCUUCUAAAGUGAGCGGAGAGAUCACUGCUGGGAUACAUUUGGGGCCUUAGGACCAGGGGGAAACCUUUGAUCAGGCCUCCCAGCUCAUUCAGUAUAAAUAGUGUACAGUUUGUAAGGCUCACCACACCAGUGACGUAUGCAUCUACUUUUAUUACAAGAACACUAGGGGAUGGUAUACUAAAUACAAUAUUAGGGUAUCUAUAUCAAUUAUAAUGGUCAAUCAAAGGUUAUGAUGUUCCUUCAAGACACAUACACAAUCAUAGAGUCAGGCAUAUAUUGAGAGAUGCUCCAGUUGUGCACAGUUACAGACUGUCUGCUAAUCAGUAAUGCACGGUCAGCCUGUAAUGAUGCACUAAUCCAGAAGGAGGCGGUCACUCUCUGUAUCAAUGUGUCCAAGCAGCAACCCUUUCCAUCUAUACGGGUCAGCACUUUGCGUGUGCCUGUCUAUGAUGAUCCUAAUGAAGACCUGUACAAAUAUUUUGACCGCUGUGCUCAUGCCAUAACAAGUGAGGCAAAGCGAGGAGGCCGCACAGUUGUGUACUGCAAGAAUGGACGCAGUCGCUCAGCUACUGUCUGUGUGGCCUAUUUGAUGAGACAUCAGGGUCUCUCCCUAACAGAUGCCUUCCAGGUAGUUAAAACGGCCCGGUCAGUAGUGGAACCUAAUCCAGGAUUUUGGACUCAACUGGAGAGAUAUGAACAGGAGCUGAAGAUCAGGAGGUCAGCCAGUAGCAGAUCCAACCCUCCUUAAUUUUAACAUUAGAUCCAUAUUUUCUGAUAUACAUCCCAAACUUUCAGGGUUAGAUCUAAGGCCUUACACAUAAGCUUUUACUCUAAAGCCUGUAGCAAAUUAUGUGUUCCCUUUAAAUAAGGAUAUGCACCUUGAAUUAUGAUCCUCAGGUUUUUGCCUUAAAGUGAUAGUUCACCCAAAAAAGAAAAUGAUCUCAUCAUUAACUCACCCUCAUGCCAUACCAGACGUGUGUGACUUUCUUUCUUCUACUGAACAUAAAUUAAGAUUUUUAGCAGAAUAUUUCAUCUCUGUAGGUCCAUACAAUGCAAGUGAAUGGUGACCAAAACUUUGAAGCUCGAAAAGCACAUAAAUGCAGCAUAAAAGUAACCCAUAAGACUCCAGUGUUUAAAUCUGUAUAUUCAAGAGCGAUGUAAUAGGAGUGGGUGAGAAACAGAUUCAUAUUGAAGUCCUUUUUUUUUACUAUAAAUCUGCAUUUUUACUUUUUACAUUCUUCUUCUUUUGCUUUUGGCGAUUCACAUUGUGCAUAUCGCCACCUACUGGACCGGGAGAAUUUAUAGUAAAAAAGGACUUUGAUAUUGAUCUGUUUCUCACACUCACACACACUUAUAUUGCUUCAGAAGAUACAGAUUUAACCACUGGAGUCAUAUGGAUUACAUUUAUGCUGCCUUUAUGUGCUUUUUGGAGCUUCAAAGUUCUGUCCAACAUUCACUUGCAUUGUAUGGACCUACAGAGAUGAAAUAUUCUUCUAAAAUCUUCGUUUAGAUGGAAUGAGGGUGAGAAAAUGAUGAGAGAAUUUAAAUGUUUUGGGUGAACUAUUCCUUUAAGACAAAUCCCUUGUAUGUGUGGUGGGCGUUCUGGUGCACUAUGGCUGCCGUUGCAUCAUCCAGGUGGAUGCUGCACACUGGUGGUGGUAGAGGAGAUUCCCCUAUACUGUGUAAAGCUCUUUAAGUGCCUAGAAAAGCACUAUAUAAAUGUAAGGAAUUAUUAUUAUUGUAGUGUGAGUAUUUGCUUAUUGUCUGUGCAUUAUGCUUCUGCCUUGAUAAAAAAAUUUUAUUGACAAUUUUACUUUGAGAGAUAUGCUUUGAUUUGGCUGGUAAUUGAUUUGAUCAUGCUAGGCUAAGCAGAACGGAGUACAUUUCAUAGUAAAUUUGAAAGUAAGACGUAAUAUACUGUAAUCAGAGUAGCCAUCAUCACCCUACUGUAAAUGGUCAGAUUAAUGUUUUAAGGAAGUGAUUUCUGUCUACUAAAGCAGAAACAUUGUUUAUUACCAAUAGGCUGUUAGUAAAACAAUAGACUCAGAGGAUUUAAUAUUAAACUGAAAACCACAUUGUUACAUUUUUUAGAAGCAGUCCUGUUAACAACCCCCCCCACCAUAUGUUCAACUCAUUUCUAUGCUGGACCCUUUACUAUAUAUGUCAUGUUUUGUAUAUAAAUAUUUUAUUCAGUCUGUAAUUGUCUAUCAUCCUCAGGAAUGUCCCCAGCCGUGCUGAUAGGCACUUUGUUCUGCGACAUUUUCUGUAUUUUGCUGUUGUCAGGUAAAAUUUUAAAUAUAAAUAUAUAAAAGCUAGGCUCUAAAGUUCUUCCAUAUAACUCAUCUCAUUUGACUUUGUUGAAUGGCCCAGCUGACUGCUAGCUUAAGGAGUUUUGCUGGUUUAAGUUAGUUUACAGUAGCUGUACUCAAGCGGUGUUCAGCUGGUUGAUCUGGUUGGCCAGU